AUCGUUCAUUCACUUCCGCUGUCUCGUGUGCAUGCUCUGUGACUGUGUGUGAUAAAGAUGGAGGAGAGAGUAAAUGUAGAUUUAGAGGAUUUCUCUUCCUCAGGUGCGCUCCUGGAGACAUUUAUUCAAGAAAUGCAGAGUCAAGAUCCACUUAUCCUCAUCGGGAUUUUUGUUGCUUUGGCGAUAGUUUUUCUCACUGCUGUUUUCUUUGGGAAUUUGUUUGGCUCGAGUAAAGUGAGGAAUGUUGUGCUGCUUUUGGGAUUGUGUGAUUCUGGGAAAACUCUGCUGUUCACUCGAUUAUUAAUCGGGAAGUUUGUAAGAACUCAGAUGUCCUUUACAGAGAGCUGCGCUUCAUACAAAUGCAAAAACGACAAAGCCACCAGCUGGACACUCAUUGAUGUUCCUGGACAUGAAAGUUUAAGAUCUCAGAUUGUGGAGAAGUAUAAGGCUAUGGCUCGAGCUAUUGUGUUUGUGGUGGACAGUAGUGUUUUCCAGAAGGAUGUCAAAGAUGUGGCUGAAUUUCUUUACUCUACACUCACAGACAACAUGGUAGCAAAAAAUGCCCCAGCUGUCUUGGUAGCCUGCAACAAACAAGAUGUAGCUGUGGCCAAAUCAGCCAAAUUGAUUCAGCAGCAGUUGGAGAAGGAGCUGAACACAUUGAGAGUAACUCGAUCUGCAGCUCUCUCCUCUCAGGAUGAUGCUGUUGGGAUGGGGGGUUCGGCCUAUUUGGGGAAGAAGGGUAAAGAUUUUGAGUUCUCUCAGUUGCCCAAUCGGGUGGAGUUUAUUGAAUGCAGCGCCUGUGGAGAUAAAGGAGAAGAUGGAGAUGCAGAUAUUGAUGCGUUGGAGAAGUCUCUGGCUAAACUUUAAUAACCAGAAAUUAUUUAUACUUUCAUUAUUCUUUUCCAGUUGUUUGUCAUCUAUUGUUUUUUCCUUCAUUUUUUCAUUGCAACGUUCUCAACCUAAUGUUGCUCAAGCUUCAUCAGUUGAUUAAUAUUAAAAACUGAGUUUAGCCUCUGGGCUCUCAAGAGUUAAACUGAAGUGAAGUCAACAUUUUACUAAUUUUAUUCAUAUUGUAUAUGUUGUGUUUGUUUGUGCUAUGUAAUGCUGUAAUUGACUUUUGAAGAUCAGAUGAUAUGUAAAUUGCUGUGUUUUCCAAAGCCUUGUGAGAACCGUAAAGUUCACCCAAAUAUGAAAAUGCUGUCCCCAUUUACUUCCCCUUUUGCAAAUGAUAUUCUUUCUAUAGUUUAACACAACUCUUUUUAUGCAAAUAUGCUAUCACAUUGUCCUUACCAUGCUCCAAAAUGCAUAACCAUCCAUAUUAUCCAAAUACCGUAAAACUUCAAAUAAUAGCCUAGUCCCAAAUAGACGCCUGUCUCUUUUAGACGCCUGGUGUGACGACAGGUUUGGGUAAAUAAACGCUUGUCUCAAAUAAAGGCCUGUUCUGUUUUUUAGUUUCGGGUUGCAUUUAAUCUUCUAAAACCCAUCAGAUCGUCUUUUUAAGCCAGUUCUAUGGUGCAGAUUGCAUACGCUAAAGUUUUGAUUACCGGUAGAUGUCACGUGACAGACGCAGUCGUUCCGUUACUCAUCACUAUGACAACACAACAAGGUUCGUAGUCAGGAUUGCAGCGAUGAUGACAGUAGCAAAGUGGCAAUCGGGAGAGUCGGGACUUUUCCGGGUGGGCCGGUAGUGUUUUGAGGCCGCUAUUAAUAGCCCGCCACACAUUGUAUUUCUCACGCGGAAACACUAUUUUUCAUAUUUAAUACACUGCAGUGCCCAAAAUGUAUCUGGCCGCUCUGCUCUCUCUAUCAAGCCCGUCUCCCCUGGAGUUCUAGUCGAGCGAGCCAAUCAGAAAAUAGCACUGUUGUAUCUGGGUAAGAUUUCACGCAAUAACCAAUAAAAAAGCAUAUCCUCGUAUGCUUUAUUUAUGCUGCCAAUAACUUUAAUACUGUUAUUCUUACACAAACUAAUUUGUUAAACACUUUCAAAUUAUAAAUAAAACGUAAUAUGUGGUAACCUCCUGCUGUCAUGCUGGAACAAUUAUUUUAAAAGCCUGUCUCUUUUAGACGGCUGGUGUGACGAUAGGUUUGGGAAAAUAAAAGCCCGGGCUAUUAUUCGAAGUUUUACAGUAACUCCAGAAACCAUUUAUUAACCAUUGAAGUGAAAUGAUGUGUUUCUUAGAGAAUAAUUUAAAUAUUUUAGGUUUAUUAAUGUAACUGAAUCCAAACAAACACAUUUUAGAACGGAAAUUAAAAAUGGCAGCAUAUUGAA